CUUUAACGGAAAGACAAAUUAGAACAUAACAAAGAUGCUCUCCCUUAGACAAUCACUUGUUCGUGCUACACGUUCCAUGCCAACCAGAUUGGCUGCUAGACAAGUGGCCAUCCGCUUGCAAUCCACUGCCGCCGCUGCUGCUGCUCCUACAACAGAAUCCGCACCAGUGGACCCAAAGAUUUCAUCCAUUGUUGAGAGCAUCUCUAAAUUGACACUUCUCGAAACUGCAUCUCUCAUCUCAGAGCUUAAGACACAAUUGAACAUUCCAGACAUUGCCCUUCCAGCUGCUGGUGCUGCACCAGCUGCCGCUGCCCCAGCUGCUGAGGAAGAGGCCCCAGCUAAAGAGGCCCAAGAGGAAAAGACUAUCUUCUCCAUCAAGUUGGAAUCCUUUGACGCCAAGUCCAAGCCAAAGAUCAUCAAGGAGGUCAAGGGUUUGUUGGACUUGUCCCUUGUUGAGUCCAAGAAGUUUGUUGAGGCUGCUCCAAAGGUGUUGAAGGAGAACGUUGCAAAGGAAGAUGCUGAAAAGAUAAAGGCAACCUUGGAAGCUCUUGGUGCCAAGGUGUCCUUGGAGUAAACAUCUUUCACCUUCGAUACAAAUCUUCUUACCAUAGUGUGUGUAUAUACUCCACCUUCUGUACAUAAUUGAAAGAAAAUAAAACAUGAAGAAGACUGACUUAGAGAAUUAAGUAAUUUAAGGGAAAUCCCAUCAAAAACUGAAAUUAAGAAGAAAUAACACACAG